GCUGACCCGGAAGUGGAGGGUUCGCGGGCCGGGUUCCGGUUCCGGGUCGGAACCAUGGCGGCCACUCGGCUGGAGCUGAACCUGCUGCGGCUGCUGAGCCGCUGCGAGGCGCUGGCGGCCGAGAGGCGGGAGCCCGACGAGUGGCGGCUGGAGAAGUAUGUAGGUGCUCUUGAAGAGAUGCUCCUUGCAUUAAAGAAACACUCAAGCAAGCCUGCCCCUGAACUGCUGAAUGAAUACUCCCGCAAAGUGGACUUCUUAAAGGGAAUGUUAGAAGCUGAAAAAUUGUCAUCGUCUGCAGAAAAGGCCCUGGCAAAUCAGUUCCUGGCUCCCGGCCGAACUCCCACUACAACCAAAGAGCGAACUCCAGCUACUAAAAUGGUUCAUCUGCAGACAAAGGCUCGCUACACCGGCAAGAUGAGGAGUGAGCUGCUUGGUACAGAUCCCUUGUCUGUCAAUGAGUCUGAGGAGCUAAAUUUAAGGAAACGGAAAGGCCUUGCAUCUGAAGAGAAGCAGUCAGCAACUGAUCUGGAUGCUGUGUUACAGCAUCAUCGCAGCAUGCAGGAGAAACUGGCUGAAGAAAUGUUGAGUUUGGCUCGCAGUCUCAAAAACAACACCCUGGCAGCACAGAACGUUAUUAAACAAGAUAACCAGACAUUAUCUCACUCUCUCAGGAUGGCGGACCAUAACUUUGAGAAGCUGAAGGAUGAAUCUGAACGUCUUGAGCAGCAUGCAAAGAAAUCUGUCAACUGGCUGCUCUGGAUAAUGUUAAUUGUAGUUUGUUUUAUUUUUAUUAGCAUGAUCCUCUUUAUCAGAAUUUUUCCUAAACUCCGAUAAUGUGUACAGCCUCCAGGAGCCACAGGUAGAAAGCUAGACAGUAUAUGACACUCUGCUCAUUCCCAGCAAGUCUCUUUGACCAGUUUGGCAAGCACUCGCUGUAAGCAGUGACCUACCUCUGUCAUAUCCUGAAGGGGGUCACCAGGGGCCUAGUCCUUCAUCCCUUCCUUGUGCCCUUAUUGGAGUUGGUGAGACAUCUUGUGAACAGCUUCCUAAGUUGGGUCCCUCAAUAUCCUCUUUGUUUGACUAAUAUGGUUGUUUUCUUGAGAAAGAAACUGCAAUAAAGAUGGCACUUCCAAUGGAAUAUCCCUAGAAAUAGAUCCUUCCAGGUGCCUUGGUAGAUAUCUGCCAUCCACUUGUGAUGUGGCUAAGGCAAAUGCUAUCAUUCCUUUAUAAGGGAGUUUACUUUCAUUGGAACAGUACACAAUUGAAGGAUUAAAGACCAUAUUUGCUCUUUAGAAACCCACUGACUUUAACAGGACCCUUGCUGCAAUUGUCUUUGUAACCAGCCUGUAGCAGGUAUGGAGGAGCAUUGUUAUUGAGUGGGCCCCCUUGGGUCAGAGUAGGCAAGAAGGAAAAUUAACUUCACAACCUUGCCUUCCUUCCUGUUGGACUCUGGUCAUGGAAGUCUCCUGAAGCAUGGAUUUAUGGGAGAAAACAGAGGUUGGAAGCAUCUAGUUUGGGAAGCCUGAACAAACCGGCUCAUAUCCUCUUACAAUCACAAACCCUAACAUGCAACCAAAGUACAGACCGUGUCAUUUACCUUUAUUCAGGAAGCAGCUGAUGGUGGCUGUUCAGCCCUGAACAUGCAAAGUACUCUUCAGACUGCAGACCCUGCCUGCCUAUGCAUCUUGUUGCUUCACUGUAAAAUGAGAGUCAAGGAAGUUGGUCUCUCUUUAAAUAAGGCAUUUAUUUAAGGAAAAAAUCAGCCAGUAUCUUCUGAGCUGGGUUUAUUUGCAUGUUCGCCUUCCUUAACUCUUACUGCUUUUCUAGUGGAAGAUACCCUGAAGUUUUCAGCCACAUUCUGCUCUUGAUGAAGUGCUGGCUUGCUGUACUGGAUGAAAAUGAGAGUGGUGUAAUCCCACCCAACCUGCUUGUAAAAAGAGGGUGUGAGAUUCUCUCUCUCUCUCUCUUUCCCUAAUUUUUAAAGCAUCGCUACUGCAAAGUGCCUGCUUUCACUUCAGUUUAAACCUACUCCAUAUUACAAACUGUUACUGCUGAUAUUCUGUAUAUUGCUGUCUAUUUUGUACAAGUUUGUAUUGGUUUCUCUUUGACUUAUUUAUUAUUAUAUGAUUUUCAUAAUUAGAAGCAACUGCCAUUUUCUCUCU